AUGGAGGAAGUAUUUGAUGAUGCAUCUCCUGGAAAGCAAAAAGAAAUCCAGGAACCAGAUCCUACUUAUGAAGACAAAAUGCGAACUGACCGAGCAAAUAAGUUUGAGAAUUUAUUAAAGCAAACAGAGCUGUUUGCACAUUUCAUUCAGCCUGCUGCUCAGAAGACUCCAACCUUACCUUCGAAAAUGAAACCAGGGCUCCCACGAAUAAAAAAGGAUGAGAAACAGAACUUGCUGUCAGUAGGCAAUUACCGACACCGUAGAACAGAGCAAGAGGAGGAUGAAGACCUAUUAACAGAAAGCUCCAAAGCAACCAACGUUUGCACUCGAUUUGAAGACUCUCCAUCGUAUGUAAAAUGGGGUAACAGAGAUUAUCAGGUUCGAGGAUUAAAUUGGUUUAUUUCUUUGUAUGAGAAUGGCAUCAAUGGUAUCCUUGCAGAUGAAAUGGGUCUGGGAAAGACUCUUCAAACAAUUUCUCUUCUUGGGUAUAUGAAACACUAUAGAAACAUUCCUGGUCCUCAUAUGGUUUUGGUUCCUAAAUCUACAUUACACAACUGGAUGAGUGAAUUCAAGAGAUGGGUACCAACACUUAGGUCUGUUUGUUUGAUAGGAGAUAAAGAACAAAGAGCUGCUUUUGUAAGGGACGUUUUAUUACCAGGAGAAUGGGAUGUAUGUGUAACAUCUUAUGAAAUGCUUAUAAAAGAGAAGUCUGUUUUCAAAAAGUUUAAUUGGAGGUACUUAGUUAUAGAUGAAGCUCACAGGAUCAAAAAUGAAAAGUCUAAGUUAUCCAAAAUACUGAGGGAAUUCAAGACUACAAAUAGAUUAUUAUUAACUGGAACACCUCUUCAAAACAACUUGCAUGAGCUCUGGUCCCUUCUUAAUUUUUUAUUGCCAGAUGUCUUUAAUUCUGCUGAUAACUUUGAUUCCUGGUUUGAUACAAAUAAUUGCCUUGGGGAUCAAAAGCUAGUUGAAAGGCUUCAUAUGGUAUUGCACCCAUUCCUCCUUCAAAGAAUUAAAGCUGAUGUUGAAAAGAGUUUGCCUCCAAAGAAGGAAGUAAAAAUCUAUGUGGGUCUCAGCAAAAUGCAGAGGGAAUGGUAUACUCGGAUAUUAAUGAAGGAUAUAGAUAUACUAAACUCUGCAGGGAAGAUGGACAAAAUGAGGUUAUUGAACAUCCUGAUGCAGUUGAGGAAAUGCUGUAAUCAUCCAUAUCUCUUUGAUGGAGCUGAACCUGGUCCACCUUAUACCACAGAUAUACACCUAGUUACCAACAGUGGCAAAAUGGUGGUAUUAGACAAGCUGCUCCCUAAAUUAAAAGAACAAGGUUCACGAGUACUAAUCUUCAGUCAAAUGACAAGGGUGUUGGAUAUUCUGGAAGAUUAUUGUAUGUGGAGAAAUUAUGAGUACUGCAGAUUAGAUGGGCAGACACCCCAUGAUGAGAGACAAGAGUCCAUCAAUGCAUACAAUGAACCAAAUAGCACAAAGUUUGUGUUCAUGUUAAGCACGCGUGCUGGUGGUCUUGGCAUCAAUCUUGCUACUGCUGAUGUAGUAAUUUUGUAUGAUUCAGAUUGAAAUCCCCAAGUAGAUCUACAGGCUAUGGACCGAGCACAUAGAAUUGGACAAACCAAGACAGUCAGAGUGUUCAGCUUUAUAACUGAUAACACUGUAGAAGAAAGAAUAGUGGAACGUGCUGAGAUGAAACUCAGACUGGAUUCAAAAGUCAUUCAACGAGAAAGAUUUGUGGAUCAGAAUCUGAACAAAAUUGGCAAAGAUGAAAUACUUCAAAUGAUCAGACAUGGGGCAAUGCAUGUAUCUGCUUCAAAGGAAAGUGAGAUUACUGAUGAAGAUACUGAAGAUACUGAUGGUAUUUUGGAAAGAGGUGCGAAGAAGACUGCAGAGAUGAAUGAAAAACUCUCCAAGAUGGGUGAGAGCUCACUUAGAAACUUUACAAUGGAUACAGAAUCGAGUGUUUAUAACUUUGAAGGAGAAGAUUAUAGAGAAAAACAAAAGAUUGCUUUCACAGAGUGGAUUAAACCACCUAAAAGAAAAAGAAAAGUCAACUGUGCUGUUGAUGCCUAUUUCAGGGAAGCUCUUCAUGUCAGUGAACCUAAAGCACCAAAGGCUCCUCGACCUCUGAAACAACCCAAUGUUCAGGAUUUCCAGUUUUUUCCUCCACAUUUAUUUGAAUUACAGGAAAAAGAAAUUCUAUAUUACAGAAAAAUUAUUGGGUACAAGGUGCCUCGAAAUCCUGACCUACCAAAUGCAGCACAAGCACAAAAAGAAGAACAGCUUAAAAUUGAUGAAGCUGAACCCCUAAAUGAUGAAGAAUUAGAAGAAAAAGAGAAGCUUCUAACACAGGGAUUUACCAAUUGGAAUAAGAGAAAUUUUAACCAGUUUAUCAAAGCUAAUGAGAAGUGGGGUCGUGAUGAUAUUGAAAAUACAGCAAGAGAAGUAGAAGGAAAAACUCCAGAAGUUAUUGAAUACUCAGCUGUCUGGGAAAGAUGCAAUGAACUCCAAGACAUAGAGAAGAUUAUGGCUCAUAUUGAAAGGGGAGAGGCAAGAAAUCAAAGAAGAAUUAGUAUCAAAAAAGCACUUGACACAAAGAUUGGAUGGUACAAAGCACCUUUCCAUCAGCUGAGAAUAUUAUAUGGUACUAACAGAGGGAAAAACUAUACUGAGGAAGAGGAGUUUCUGAUCUGUAUGCUGCACAAACUUGUUGACAAAGAAAAUGUUUAUGAUGAAUUACUACAGUGUAUUCGCAACUCUCCACAGUUCAAAUUUGACUGGUUUCUUAAGUCCAGAACAACAAUGGAGCUCCAGAGAUGUAACACCUUAAUCACCUUGAUUGAAAGAGAAAACAUGGAACUAGAAGAAAAAGAGAAGGCAGAGAAAAAGAAAAGAGGACCAAAGCCUUCAACUCAGAAACGUAAAAUGGAUGGAGCACCUGAUGGUAGAGGAAAGAAGAAGAAACUGAAACUAUGAAUACAUAUUUGUUUCAUAAUCACUAACUUUAAACUAGUAGUUCUUUAAUUUAAUUUACGGGUCUUCAUAAGAUGUACUGUACAAUGCUCAAUUAUGUCAUUCAGAGAAAUCAGGUUCGUCUGUUUACUUAACUAGAAACAUAGUAUGUAGUUUCACUUUUUUAAAUGCAACAACUGUGCUGUAAUUUUUUUUUAUCAUUAACACUUGAAGUAAUAAAACAGGCUUUAUUUAUUAAAAAAAAAAAGAAAGAGCCAAACAAACCCCUGAAUUGAAUAGGUGGGGCCAAUAGUGAGUGGUGCAUGACUGGCUACCUGUUACCAAGUUUUCUAACAUUAACUGUGCAUGCCAGAAACUCUGUGUGGUUACUUAGUCAGGGUUCUCCAGAGAAGCAGAACUGAUAGUAUGUAUAUUUAUAUAGAAAGAUUUAUUACAAGCAAUUGGUUCACACAAUUAUGGAGGCUAGAAAGUCCCAAAUAUACAGUGUGGGCAAGCAGCCUGGAGGACCAGGAGAGCCAAUGGUGCAGAUCACUUUAGAAGGCCAUCUGCUGGACAGUUGACCCUUGUUCAGACAGGGCAGUCUUUUCUAUUUAGGCAUUCCUUCUGCUGAUUGGAUGAGCCCCACCCCCAUCAUGGAGUGCAAUCUGCUUUACUCAAAGCUUACCAACCGAAUGUCAAUCUCAUCCAAAAACAUACUCCAUGUUAACACAUAAAACUAACCAUUGCAGUGUCAUUAAGGAAAAAUUACUAUAUGGAGUCCAAAGACCUUAGUCAAUUUAUUUAACCAAUUUGAGUCUCCAUGUACAUCUCAUCCCAUCUCAUUUCCCAUCCAUAGUAAGACAUCCAAAACAUACAUGUAAUGGAUUUUAUCUUAUCUAUGUAGAAGCCUGAGAUUUCUGUCUUUGCAAUUUUUUAGUAGAUUGCCUGUAAAGUAAACAAAGUAACACAUUCAAUGGUUAUAAAAAUGAAGUAAUAUGUUUAGAAGCAUAGACUACAAGCCAAAACUGGGUAAAUAACCAGAGUCAGUACUUUUUCCUGCAAUAAAAAAGGGAAGAAAAGAUACAGACCACAGAUCUCUAGAGGAUAUGGGAAACAGGAAAGGAAACAUAAUAUAUAUAUUCUCUAUAGGUUUGAAAUACACUUUCUCACUUAAUUCAUUUUAUAUUACUGAGCCAAGCAAUUUGUAAAUGAGGCAGUUACUACAUGGGUUAAAAACAGUAGUGUUUAUGCAGACAGAACUUGGGUUAGUCUCAGCACUUACUUGCUCAAGCCACUUAACUCUUCUGAACCUCUAUUUCUUCAUCAGUAAAUAAUAAAUGUUUGUCUUUUUUGUGGCUGUUGUGAAAAUUUAUAAAAUAAUGCAUGUAAAUACUUGACGAAAUGCCCAGUAUAUAGAGUUUGAUGUGGUAGUUCUUUUUAUUAUUCUUUAUUAUUAUAAUAAAUAUACAUUUUUAAUU